GUACCGUACCCCCUGUAUGUGCCGAGUUUUUCUUAAAAUAGUCCCCCCUUCUCGCGUCUCUCUGUUUUUCUCUUUCCCAAAUCAAAGCCAAGUCCCUACCGGACGCCGGCCACCGCUCGAAUACGAUUGGUCGACCGCUACAUCCCUCGGGUGAACGAAGUUAUGCAGAGCCAGCUUGUUUGUUCUGGAUGUCGGACUCUUCUUCUUUACCCCAGAGGAGCCACAAAUGUUCGUUGUGCAAUGUGCAAUACAAUAACAUCAGUACCACCUCCUGGUAUGGAUAUGUCGCAGCUUGUAUGUGCAGGAUGCCGUACCUUACUGAUGUACCCUCGUGGGGCAGCCAGUGUGAGAUGCUCUUGCUGUAACACAGUAAACCUUGCCAGGGAAGCAAAUCAAGUUGCCCAUGUUGAAUGUGGUCGGUGCCGCACAACACUUAUGUAUCCUUAUGGAGCACCAUCGGUCAAAUGUGCAGUCUGCCAUUUUAUUACAAAUAUUGGGAUGAAUGCUAUCCCAGUUCCUAUUCCUACUCAUGGGACAUAUGGGCCAAUGCCGACACCUACUCGUCCUACAAUGACGUCAACAUCUCAAACACACAAUCAAACAGUUGUCGUUGAGAACCCAAUGUCCAUGGAUGAAAGCGGGAAACUGGUAAGCAAUGUUGUAGUUGGAGUCACAACAGGGAAAAAAUGAUGAUGCAGCAGUUACUGCCUGGUUUGUCAACACUAGACAUGGCUUUUUGGUCAAUGCAGCACUUGCGGUAAAUAUUGGUUACAGUGUUCAUAUUUUGAGUCACACUGGGUUAUCGAUGGUUCAAUUUGAACAACCAAGACAUUGUAGAUAAGAAUAAUGGAUUAUCAAAAACAAACAUCUUCAAUUGCUUUUUUGGUGGUCAAUAGGAAGUGUAUUGUCUUUGUAAAUGAGUUUGUAUGUUUUUAUAUUCAUCUUACAUCGAUGGCAAAGUUUGUAAUUUUAUGUUAAUAAGUGGUUUGUGAAUGAUGUAAUCCUUGUUAAAUUAAAUCUGGCAAGUCCUUUUGGUACA